CCCUCGGCGUCCUCCACAGCCGCGCCCUCGGCGCCCCCCACAGCCGCGCCCUCGGGGUCCUCCACAGCGAGCGCCUCACUAUCCACCACACCAGAUAGCACAACUCCUGCAAAACUACCAGCUCCCAGCAGUCCUUGCAAAACCGAUUCUUGUGGCAGUGGUUCUUCGUGUGUUAAUCUGCAUAAUGAAUACUUUUGCCUGUGUCCUGUUGGGCAGUACUACAAAAAUUCCACAUGUACUGAAGGAGAUAUAUUCCCUGGAACAAUUACAGUAAAAAUAAAUGGAUCAUCUGACUUGGAAAAUGAAAGCUCUGAGGCCUAUCAACAGUUAUAUAAUAAAGUUACCCUAUUUUUUCAAGAUGCAUUUGCAGGAGAAGAAUAUGGACAGACCGUCAUUCUUAAAAUCAGCCUAUCUCCUUCAGCAAGAUCUGAAAUGCGAGCUGGUGAGAACAAUGUUGAAGUGACUGUAGUAAACAUUUUUGCACAAGGUGCAGUAGAUGAGAAGGUGGUGGACCAAGCAAUUCAAAAGGCAGUGGAAAAAACACCUCACUUUGAAAAGUAUAAACAACAAAAUCUUUGUGAGUAUUAUGGCUGUGUAGAUGAUGGAAAAGGCUGUCGCGAUAAUUUACAAUGUACAUGCAAACCAGGACUGGAAAGACCAAACCCACAAGUUCCUAUAUGUGUUGCAGUUUCUACGUGUCCUGGCACCUGCACCGCGGAGCACCACAAGCAAUGCUUGUGGAAUACAAAGACGAACACGCCUGUUUGCACGUGCCUGCCAGGCUACAAGAACGAUAGCAAUGGCCUCUGCCAAAAGUGUAGCUUUGGCUAUAGCGGAAUCAACUGUGAAGACCAAUUUCAGCUGAUCCUUACUAUCGUGGGCAGCAUUGCUGGAAUCCUCAUUCUUGGCAUGGUGAUCGCACUGAUCUUCGUAGUAAGGUCAAAGAACAAAAACAAGAAUAUUGAAAAGCAGAGGUUGAUUGAGGACGACUUUUCAAGUAUGAGGCUGAGAGGAAUGGGUGUUUCCAAUUUUGGAGCAGAUGGGAACAUCUUUCCUAAAGUCAGAACCGGUGUUUCCAAAUCCAGUCAGCCACAGAACCCCUACGUAAACUCCAGGCAAAUGCCCCGCCCUGACUACUAGUAAAAAUUCGCAACAAUAUAUGGCCCACAACUCAAUGUAUAAGCUUUUAUUUUAAGUUGUUAAAAGCCUGAUGAAGAAAUAAGCAGCUGUGAAGAUAUGGCCUUUGGUAUCUCUUCCAUGUAACACCUAGACUUUCUGAAUGGAGUUGUGAAUGUUGGCAAUGAAUGUAAUCUGUUUGCUAAUCAAGUACCAAUGAAAUUAUAUGCACAUAUAAUAUUAUAUGCAUUUGUGUAGUUGAUUUUCUCUAGUCAGAUUACAGUGGGUGUGGGGGAUAACAAUUAUCGUUUCUAGAGGAAGGCCUUCCCAAGAUCAUUCACUCCUGAGAACAUGUUGCUACAAUUAAGUGAUCAAAUUCUGGAAGACACUUAGACAUCAGGAGAGAAGAGGUAACUCUCUCUAGUUCAUUCUCUGACAAGUUAAUAUAGGGAUGCUACUUCUACCUGUCAGAGGUAGGCAUUUCGUUACUCUUGAACUACCAGAAGCUUGCACACUGACCUCACUCCAAGGAGACAGGAAAGACACAUGUCU